ACCUUGCAUUUUCAUUUCCACUGUCCAUAGUCUCUCUCUCUCUAGUUUUCUCUCUCUAAAAAUACACAGAGAGACAUACACAUACAUAUAGAUAUAGAUAUAUACAGAAGAGUUUGAGAUGUUGCUGGGAAAACGUCCGAGGGGUCCGAUGAGGAGGACGACGAGUAUGAAUGGGAUGAACGUGGAUCUGGGGAACGUGGAAGCGUCUGAUGAUAUUGAGAAGGCUGUGAUGAACGGCCAGGGUUCGUUGGGGGAACAAGGAGGUCCAGCGAAGAGGAGCGUGGUGGCGGGUGGGCCCACUGGGUUAGAUCACCGUCUGAUGUCGACGGUGUCGCCGAGGUAUCACAAUACGAAGACUUGUGGCGGUGAUGAUAUUGUUGUAGAGACGGCUGAUUUCUUGAGGAUGUGUGGACUCUGUAAACGCCGUUUAACACCUGGUCGUGACAUCUACAUGUAUAGGGGGGAUACGGCAUUUUGUAGUGAAGAGUGCAGGGAAAAACAAAUGAAGCACGACGAGAGAAAAGAGAAGUGCUCCCUGUCAGCUUCCAAGAAAAAUGAUACUGACCGCCACCACCACUCCACCUCUACCGCCACCGCCAGCUCUGAAGCUUAAAAACUAUGUAGUUUACAUAUAUAUAUAUAUAUAUAUAUAGCUAUGAAUAGCAGCCACCGUGGCAAGGUUAAUGGUGGUGAUAUGAUGAUAUAGCUAUUAUAUAAUGGGUUUUGUGUAAACUGGUACUAGCAAACUCUGGUUAACUCAAUUUUACAGGCAAAUGGGCAAAGCGCUCUCUCUCUCUCUCUCUCUCUCUCUCUGAGUCUGAGAUUUCCAUGUAAAUCUAUAGUUUUCUAAACUAAUCAAGUCUCCUUGUCUUUAUAGAAGCGGGAAUAGUUAUAUAAAUGUACACUGAAUGUUUAUAUAUAUAGCAAUAUCUUCUGUUUGUAGUCA